UGUCACUCAUAGAGGACGUAUUGCCUUGCAAUGCACAGCUAGUCAAUUCUGUGACAGUUGUUUAGGCUUUGAGCAUCCCGACGACCAAUCUGGUCUGCAUAUCACGCAAUUCUUCCAAAGUGUUGUCCAUACUACGACGCCGUCCGCGUUUGCGGACUGGCAUUUCCCAAUUCUGCCUUUCUGCAGCAGUCGAUGCUCAGCGCGGUUGCACAGUUCGUUUUCUGGCAACAUGGCACCAGGACGCUGAGGAAGCGUCGAGAGAUAGCGGCAACCGCCGGCUCUCAGGUCGCAUACAUAUCCUGGGCAUUGGGAACGUUGGAACAUUCGUCGCUCACUCUCUUGCCAGCCGGCCAUCUCCCCCUCCUAUCACUCUUCUGAUGCACACUCCCAAUCUUUAUAGGUCCUGGUUGGAGAGGAAGAAAUGUCUAGCGAUCAAUACUAAUGGCCUGGAUGAUGUAAAAACGGGAUUUGAUGUCAAUGUACUGAAUGAUAAGGCAUGGUACUCAGUACCGUAUUGGAAUAAGGAUGGUACAGCAGAGAAUGGAAACGACAGCAUUGACGAGCAUACUGAAAAUUUCGGUAAUGAGGAACUCUUAGCGCAGCCUGCCGACGGGCGUAUUGAGUGUCUGAUCGUUGCGGUCAAAGCACCAGUGACCGUGGCGGCGAUAGACUCUGUCAAGCGCCGCCUGACGCCUGAUUCAACGGUCCUGUUUCUCCAGAAUGGAAUGGGCAUCAUCGAUGAGCUCAAUGAAAAAGUUUUCCGGGACCCUCGACGACGUCCACAUUACAUGUCUGGUGUUAUUUCCCACGGUUUAGCACGAAGGAAAGAACCAUUCCAGGUCAGCCACACAGGCGUCGGCACAACUAUCCUGGGCUCUGUCCCACCGGCAGAUGCCAUGUAUAAAGGGGAUGUCGAUUGGGCCCCAAGUACCAAAUACCUCUUGCGCACACUGACGCUCACACCACCGCUUGUUGCUGUUGCUGAAACCCCAUCCGCCCUGAUGCUAUACCAGCUUGAGAAGCUCGCAUUGAACUGUGUAAUCAACCCAUUGACAGCGAUCAUGAACUGCAAGAAUGGAGAACUCCUCUACAACUAUAGCUUCACACGUAUCAUGCGGUUGCUCCUCAUUGAGAUCUCAAGCGUCAUCUGCGCUUUGCCCGAACUGCAAGGCGUUCCUGGAAUUGAAAGCCGGUUUUCUCCCGAGCGACUGCGGAUGAUGGUCGUGCAGCUGGCCAAUAAGACAGCCAAGAAUCAUAGUUCGAUGUUACAGGAUGUGCUGGCGAGAAAACCUACGGAAAUCGAAUACUUGAAUGGUUACAUCGUACGUAGGGGCGAGGAACUUGGUAUCAAGUGUGUGGUGAAUUAUAUGAUCAAGCACCUGGUUCUCGCCAAACGCCUCCAAACGAAGCAGGUAGAAUCGGGUGCCAUUCCGAUUGAUCUGCUCCAAGAGCCCAAAAUGUGAACAUGCUCUCGCACCUGUAUAUUAUAAUGAAUUCGACUUUGUGAUACCAUGCGCAAUUCUACCUCACGAAUCCUAUUGUUUUAACAAAGUACGGCUUCGGAGGCUUUAUCACAGAGGUUCUUAAUCUGUGUCCAUCGCUUCCUCAGCAUCUUUGCCCUUUGUUGAUCUUUCUGAUCCGCUUGGCUAGAUUCGAAUUUCUCCAGGGCGGUGAUUAUCGUAUCUGCUUCGUUUGAAUACGCUCUUAUCCACCCUUGGACGAUAAUCUCCAAUUUCUUCUCGUCGGCACCUUGAGCAGAAUAACCUAGUACAUAGUUCCGCCAGUUUUUCAGAGGCAUAUAGUUUAUGCACGCGGCAAUCUCGGUACGGUAGCACACGCCAGUGGCCGUUAACUGGUAGUUACUGAGCGUAUAGGUUAGACGUCGACGAAGUUGUCU